AUGGACCCUAAUCUUCUUAACUUCUUCGCGGUCCCCAACAACCAGACUCUCAAUAAUGUUGAUCAGAACAACCAAUCAUCUCAGCAACAGCAACAGCAUGAGCCUUCACCAUGGAGGCCAGCGGAUUUAGAGAGUGGCAUGGGCGCAUCCCGCAACCAAGGGGGACCAUCUUUCGAUUAUCAGUCGACAGCAACGUCUGAUAUCUCCUUCAACCAGGCCCCUAUGCCGUCGCCUUACACCGGCUCACACAGUACGAUACUACCUAAUAGAGGACACCCCAGAAAUCACCCACAACAACGGAAGCGAGAAGGACAUGCGCAUGACAGGAAGCGCACCAAGGUCGAUACCGAUUCUGCACUGGAGUCCCUGGACUACUGGAUCCGAUUUGAUGAUGAUGAAGCCGACAGGACAGGAAGUUACGAAAUUGACUUUUCAAAGCGUUAUGACCCCAUGAACACCAAUGCCAACACUCACUACCGCCCGGGAUAUGGAUCGAGCUCAACAACACCGGGUCUUGGUACGGGUGUUUAUGCGACCGCUCCCCCUUUCCAGGGUGCCGAGUACUUUGACGACAAUGCUCUAGACAAUGCCCUAUCCGAUGAUGAAGAAGGAAUCGACUCGAUGAGCUUGGAAGAGCAUCUAUCGAAUAUUGAGACCAUGCCACCGCCAGAGGUGCCUCCUCGCGAGGGUCUUUACUCGACACCGCUCAGUUGGGAAAAGCCAGAACCUGGUCUUCGAAUGGAGCCCGAUUUUGGAAUGGGAAGUACUCAAGGAGGCAUGAGUUCAGGGUUCGGUCAGACCAUGUCGGGAAUGUCUGGUAUGGGCAAUAACCAGGUUCUUAGCAACGACGAGCAACGGAGACUUCUUGCUAUCGCAAUGAACACUGGUCGGACGUCAUCCAGCUUUAUGCCUGCCACCGGCUUUGGUCUGGGAUUCGGAGCUGGUCUUGGUACAGGAAUGUCCGACUUUAACAGCAACAUCGAUUCUCUGUUUGGGACACCAACCGGCGACCGCAGCCAGAAGCAGACACCUACGCCUGCCAACAGCUCGAAGGCGCCAUCUCGGAACCAGGAUAUCAAGACAGAGGCUUCGAGCGAGACUGGUCUCAGCUCUUCUAGACCAGGACUAUCCCGCACAACAACUGCUACGUCUGAUAUCAAAGGCAAGGAGAAGCUCAAGCCUGGGGACAGGACGGCGCAUAACGAUAUUGAGCGAAAGUAUCGAACGAAUCUGAAGGACAAGAUUGCGGAACUGCGUGAGGCCGUACCAGCUCUUCACUCAAUACCAGAAGAUGGAGGAAACGAGGAAGCUGAAGGAAGCUCAGGACGAGCGCCCAAAGUGAGCAAGGGCACUGUUUUAACAAAGGCAACAGAGUACAUUCAAUAUUUGGAAAGACGUAAUAGGGCUAUCAUGAAGGAGCAUCAAGAGUUGGCUCGGCGGCUACAGGCAUUUGAACAGCUUCUCAGUGCAUCAGCUCGACAGCCGUUCCUGAUGCCGAACCACAGCCGGACGCUCUUUGAUCCAAGGGGUUUCUGUUAG